GGGAAGCCGGUGAAGGCUCGAACCGCUGCCUCUGGCCCUCUGUUUUUCGGCUGGCAGGGUUGUGUCACUGGCGCUUCGCUGUUCGUCUGUGGCACCCGUGGAGCCUUCCCAUUUGCUUCCCCCACCUGGAUCCAGUCCUGUGGGCAUUAACGUCAAUUCUCUUGCUCCGUCGCGAGUCCCCUCCGCGACCCCUGGCACGGAGGCCGUAGCUAUGGAGAAUAUGGCGGAGGAGGAGCUGCCACCCCAGGAGGAGGAGGAGGCCCAGGUCAGGGUCCCGACCCCGGCCCCGGAAUCGGCUCCGGUCCCAGCUCCGGCCGCAGAUUCGGCUCUGGACUCGGCUCCGACGCCGGACUCGGCUCCAGCCCCAGCCCUUGCCCCGGCCCCGGCUCCGGCCUUGUCCCCGUCCCUAGCCUCUGUCCCCGAGGAGGCUGAAAGCAAGAGACAUAUCUCAAUUCAAAGGCGGCUUGCUGAUCUGGAGAAGUUAGCUUUUGUGGCUGAAGUAGAUGUUGACACUGCCAGUUCGUUGAACUCAGAAAACAGUCAUACUUGUCCAUUGUGCCCUAAGGAAAAAUUCAGAGCUUAUAGUAGUCAGAAGCUCCGUCGACACCUUCAGAAUUUACACUGGAAAAUCUCAGUUGAAUUUGAAGGCUACAGGAUGUGCAUCUGUCACUUAGCUUGUCGGCCAGUAAAACCAACCAUUGUUGGAGAACAGAUUUCCAGCAAAUUGGGUGCCCAUUACCAUUGCAUCAUUUGUUCAGCGACAAUCACCAGAAGGACUGACAUGCUAGGGCAUGUUAAGCGCCAUGUGAAUAAAGGAGAAACUAAGUCCAGAUACAUUGCUGCUUCUACUGCCAAAUCAUCUAAUGAAAUUUUGAAGGAGACAGAUACAGAUAUACAAGUUUUUCCUAACUACUCUAUACCUCAGAAAACAGAUUCAUAUUUUAAUCCCAAAAUGAAACUAAAUCGUCAGCUAAUAUUUUGUACGUUGGCUGCUUUGGCUAAGGAACGAAAACCUUUGGAGUGUUUAGAUGCCUUUGGAGCCACUGGAAUAAUGGGAUUGCAAUGGGCAAAACACCUUGGAGAUGCAGUCAAAGUUACAAUUAAUGACUUGAAUGAAAACUCUGUGACUUUGAUUCAGAAAAACUGCCACUUAAACAAAUUGAAAGUGGUGGUAGACAGUGAGGAGAAAGAAGAGGGUGAUGCCCUUGAGGAAGAUGACACUCUUGGUGAUAUCCAGGUGACCAGGAUGGAUGCCAAUGUACUGAUGCACCUGAGAUCUUUUGAUUUCAUACACCUAGACCCUUUUGGAACAUCAGUGAACUACCUAGACUCUGCAUUCAGAAACGUAAGAAACCUUGGCAUAGUAUCAGUGACUUCUACAGAUAUCAGUUCCUUAUAUGCCAAGGCACAGCAUGUUGCCCGGCGUCACUAUGGAUGUAACAUUGUCCGAACAGAGUAUUACAAGGAACUAGCAGCCAGAAUUGUCGUAGCUGCAGUGGCAAGAGCUGCAGCGCGAUGCAACAAAGGCAUAGAAGUGCUGUUCGCAGUGGCUCUGGAACAUUUUGUUCUGGUAGUUGUGCGGGUCUUAAGGGGGCCUACUUCAGCAGACGAGACUGCCAAGAAAAUCCAGUACCUGAUCCACUGCCAGUGGUGCGAAGAGAGGAUCUUUCAGAAGGAUGGUAACAUGGUAGAAGAAAAUCCAUAUAGACAACUGCCCUGUAAUUGUCAUGGAAGCAUGCCUGGCAAGACAGCAAUAGAACUCGGGCCUCUGUGGUCAAGUUCCCUUUUCAAUACUGGAUUUCUGAAAAGAAUGCUAUUUGAGUCUCUUCACCACGGUUUGGAUGACAUUCAGCCCCUAGUAAAAACGCUGAUCUUUGAAUCAGAGUGUGCUCCCCAGAGUCAGUAUUCAAAUCUCAGCAAGCAAGAAGAAAAUGGUGUAUUUAUUAAAACUACCGAUGAUACCACAGUAGAUAUUUACAGUGCACAGGGAAAGAGGAAAAGCAGUGAAACAAUGAUAAAUACAGCCAAGAAGCAGAAGGUCGAGGCCAGUGCUGCACAUCCUCCCUUCUAUUACAAUAUCCACAGACACAGCAUCAAAGGGAUGAAUAUGCCAAAGUUAAAAAAGUUUUUGUGCUGUCUUUCCCAAGCAGGCUUUCGAGUAAGCCGAACUCACUUUGACCCAAUGGGUAUUCGUACAGAUGCACCUCUGAUGCAGUUCAAGUCUAUCCUGUUAAAGUACAGCACCCCCACUUACACUGGAGGACAAUCAGAAGGUCCCAUGCAGUCAGCAUCUGAGGAUACGGUAGCUGACAGGGUUGAAAUGUCAGUGAAGGACAAAGCGGAAGCAAGUGGCUGCAGAAGGUGGUAAACGCAAGAAGCGUUUCUUCUCAGGGUUCUUAUGAUGGCCCCAUGACUCUGUACCAACUGUAAUCCUUUUUUUAUUCUUUCAACUUAGUAAUAUAAGAUAAAAAAUUUAAAAAGCACUGUUUUCAUUCAGAAAAUUGGCUGUUUCUGACUUGGCUGGUGUGAGAGCUUUGCUUUUUAAGUUUUUAUUAUUUUAAAGAAAAAAUUUAAUAAAAACAUUUCACGAUGAAACCAAGAUUUUGACUGAGCUCACCUUACUGUUCAGUAAUCUAGAAAUUUUUCACGUUUCUCUUGGAAAUUGAGCAUAUUCUGAAAGUCAUCCUUUAUACUUUCUGGCACAAAGGAUUAAACCUAGAGGCUCUGGCUCUCCAGUAGCUGGGAUGCAGGCAUGCACCAAGUACCCAGCUUAGCAUUGAUUCGUGAUAGCAUCUCUACUGGUUUAUGGUGUCUAUUCUCAUAUAUAACAUACAAAAUAAAUCUGGAAAAUAUAGUAAAUAUAGUAAAAUAGUAAGAAUAGUAAAUGUUCUUAUACAUGACUCACUUGAAAUACAAUUCUAAAAAAAUUCUUAUUUUUGAGAAGUCUCAAAAAUUCUCAUUGUUUUCCUUGAAGCUUUUUAGAAAUUCAGUACUUGCCUGCUACAAAACUACAUUUUUACAAGUUUAUAUUCUAGAUGACUAAACUUCAGAAUAAAACUUUUGUCAAAAUAACUGAUGUCACUGUUAUAAUAAUGUCCACAAAUAUGAAAUCCCAGGGGGGUGUUUUGUU